CUGGAUGCGCAAAGAGAUGCAGUCGUGAAAGAGAGUGGCUGUGCGAGAGAUGCCAGCAUCGAACCUAAACCUAAAACGGCUUAGUCACAUAUGCUUGAGGUAGCAACGAUCAACCAGUGAGCAUCAUAUUCCAUCUACCAGUUUCAUUCAUGUUACUGAAGCCCAUGCAAGCCUUGAGAUAUCGUGCUUCAGUUCAUACCUCGAGUCGAUGUCCUAUACUGCGUCCUUCUAGCUUCAUCCCACCCCUGUUGAGCAAUUUUACACGUGCGUCAUUACUCUAAUUCUUUACUGACCUCGAGAUGCUUACAAGACCGACAUCAAUAUCAGACAGUACCUCCUUUACAUAUCAAAAACCCUCCGAAACCAUCAAGAUGACGACGGAAGCCCCUCAACUCAAGUACAUCGAUGUUGAUCGGUAUCAACUUCACGGAUCCGAUAUACCGUGGUGAAUAUCACGGCACUAAGCGUCACGAAGAUGAUUUCGAAGACGUCAUACAGCGAGCCGUCGAUGCUGGAUGCAAGAAGUUCAUGGUAACAGGUUCCGAUCUCGAGGAAUCCAAACAUGCUGUCGAAAUAGCGAAAGCGCACCCAGGGCUGUGCUAUGCAACGAUUGGUGUACAUCCUUGCUCAGCAAAACAGUUCGACACGCACCCUGGAGGCUCGUCUGAACUGCUCUCUGCGCUGAAAACCCUUGCGCUUGAGGCCAAGGAAGCAGGAUAUGCAGUUGCUUUUGGAGAGAUAGGUCUUGAUUAUGACCGCCUGUUUCUAACGCCAAAGGAGCCGCAGUUGAAGUACUUUGAGGCACAGCUGGCGAUUGCAAUUGAGGUCCAGCUACCACUGUUUUUACAUUCGCGAGCCGCGAGCGAAGACUUUGAGAAGCUCUUGACCGCGAAACUGGAUCAACUGCCGAAACGAGGUUUGGUUCAUAGCUUUACUGGCACAGCCGAGGAGAUGCAGCGUCUUGUUGGCUUGGGUUUUGACAUUGGAGUCAACGGAUGCAGCAUGAAAACUGACGAGAAUAUCGCGGUGGUUAAACAAAUACCGCUUGAGCGCCUGCAGAUUGAGACUGACGGUCCAUGGUGCGAGAUGCGACCCAGUCAUGCAUCAGCCAAGUAUUUGCAAGACGCGCCUCCGUUACCCAAGGCGGUCAAGAAGGAGAAGUUCGCCAAAGGUAUGAUGGUCAAGGGCCGCAACGAGCCGGCUACAAUACCACACGUGGCAUAUGCGAUUGCAAAGAUCAAGGAAGUUACCGUGGAGGAGGUCUGCGACGCUGCUUGGAAGAAUUCGGUCAAGAUGUUUGGACUUGGCAAAACGGCGUAACACCACCAUGACACCUUAGACUUGAUAUAGACUAUGCAUAUAGAAGAUCGAUUUGUACAAGAGG